UGUAAAGUGAAGUGAAACUUUCGCCUGGGCUCCAGAAAGAGCGGACAGAAAAGGUCUUUGUAAAUUGUUAGUUGUUGUUUUUUUUUAAGUCUCACUUUUAAUUUUUAAAUUUGAGAUGUUUCAUUCGAUUUGAAAAAUUCGACUAGGAAUAGGUGGGGUUCGAGGAUCGGGGGCGGGGGCAAGGGUUUAAAGAGUCCCCACCCAGGAGAGCACCUCCGGCCAGGAAGAGGAGUGAGUCAGGGUUGAGUAGUGUCCCCCGAUCUCGCCUCGGCGACUCCGGAGAAAUGCCGGGCUGGACAAACAGCCCUUAAUAUAAUAAUAGCUUGUCUCUUUAAAAAGCAAAAGGCGGGGUGGGGGGGAAAGUUUUGUUGGCAUCUGGUUUCUGAUCUUAUUAUGUUGUGGUCGACCAAUCCAGCCCUCGGGCCUGGUCCUCGGGUUUAAAUCUGAUUGGCCGAGAGCACAUUUUGGGAUGGUGCUUAGAGCUCGACGGGGUGGUUUCAAGGAUCCCUUUUUUGGGGGGCCGAGGAGAGGGCGGGGCCGCCAGCGGGGGCCCCCUUGAAACUGACUAAUUGGGAUCGGAGAGGCCGAGGUGAGGGCUGGAGGAGGCACAAAGAAGUCGCUGGGUGCAGAAGGGAGGGGAGAGGGGGAGUUGAGAGGCGAGAGGAGGAGGAAGAGGAGAGAGGGCAGCGGCGCGCGGUGUCUCGGGCGGUUCAGUCCGACCGCGGCGAGCAAGCGGGCAGGCGUACCGCCCCCUCCCCCGCCCGGCCUCCCCAACUCUGCGGCCGCGAGCAAAGUUUGCAAAGAGGCGCGGGAGGCGGCGGCCGCAGCUAAGAGGCGGCGGGGAAGGAGAGCAGUCUCCGGGUUGGGGGCGGGGGCGGGGGGGCGCCGAGGAGCCGGGUGGGGGGCGGCGGCCAGCAUGCGGCCCCGCAGCGCCCUGCCCCGCCUGCUGCUGCCGCUGCUGCUGCUGCCCGCCGCCGGGCCGGCCCAGUUCCACGGGGAGAAGGGCAUCUCCAUCCCGGACCACGGCUUCUGCCAGCCCAUCUCCAUCCCGCUGUGCACGGACAUCGCCUACAACCAGACCAUCAUGCCCAACCUUCUGGGCCACACGAACCAGGAGGACGCAGGCCUGGAGGUGCACCAGUUCUAUCCGCUGGUGAAGGUGCAGUGCUCGCCCGAACUGCGCUUCUUCCUGUGCUCCAUGUACGCACCCGUGUGCACCGUGCUGGAACAGGCCAUACCGCCGUGCCGCUCUAUCUGCGAGCGCGCGCGCCAGGGCUGCGAAGCGCUCAUGAACAAGUUUGGUUUUCAGUGGCCGGAGCGCCUGCGCUGCGAGCACUUCCCGCGCCACGGCGCCGAGCAGAUCUGCGUGGGCCAGAACCACUCCGAGGACGGAGCGCCCGCGCUGCUCACCACCGCGCCGCCGCCGGGACUGCAGCCGGGAGCCGGGGGCACCCCGGGCGGCCCGGGCGGCGGCGGCGCUCCCCCGCGCUACGCCACGCUGGAGCACCCCUUCCACUGCCCGCGCGUCCUCAAGGUGCCAUCCUAUCUCAGCUACAAGUUUCUGGGCGAGCGUGAUUGUGCUGCGCCCUGCGAACCCGCACGGCCCGAUGGUUCCAUGUUCUUCUCACAGGAGGAGACGCGUUUCGCGCGCCUCUGGAUCCUCACCUGGUCGGUGCUGUGCUGCGCUUCCACCUUCUUCACUGUCACCACGUACUUGGUAGACAUGCAGCGCUUCCGCUACCCAGAGCGGCCUAUCAUUUUUCUGUCGGGCUGCUACACCAUGGUGUCGGUGGCCUACAUCGCAGGCUUCGUGCUCCAGGAGCGCGUGGUGUGCAAUGAGCGCUUCUCCGAGGACGGUUACCGCACGGUGGUGCAGGGCACCAAGAAGGAGGGCUGCACCAUCCUCUUCAUGAUGCUCUACUUCUUCAGCAUGGCCAGCUCCAUCUGGUGGGUCAUCCUGUCGCUCACCUGGUUCCUGGCAGCCGGCAUGAAGUGGGGCCACGAGGCCAUCGAGGCCAACUCGCAGUACUUCCACCUGGCCGCCUGGGCCGUGCCGGCCGUCAAGACCAUCACCAUCCUGGCCAUGGGCCAGAUCGACGGCGACCUGCUGAGCGGCGUGUGCUUCGUGGGCCUCAACAGCCUGGACCCGCUGCGGGGCUUCGUGCUAGCGCCGCUCUUCGUGUACCUGUUCAUCGGCACGUCCUUCCUCCUGGCCGGCUUCGUGUCGCUCUUCCGCAUCCGCACCAUCAUGAAGCACGACGGCACCAAGACCGAGAAGCUGGAGCGGCUCAUGGUGCGCAUCGGCGUCUUCUCUGUGCUCUACACGGUGCCCGCCACCAUCGUCAUCGCCUGCUACUUCUAUGAGCAGGCCUUCCGCGAGCACUGGGAGCGCUCGUGGGUGAGCCAGCACUGCAAGAGCCUGGCCAUCCCUUGCCCGGCGCACUACACGCCGCGCAUGUCGCCCGACUUCACGGUCUACAUGAUCAAAUACCUCAUGACGCUCAUCGUGGGCAUCACGUCGGGCUUCUGGAUCUGGUCAGGCAAGACGCUGCACUCGUGGAGGAAGUUCUACACUCGCCUCACCAACAGCCGGCACGGCGAGACCACCGUGUAAGGGGCGUCCCCAGGCCGGACCCGCGCGGCGCUUUCCUCUGCCCGGGGUGGGGCCCUACAGACUCCGUAUUUUAUUUUUUUAAAUAAAGAACGAUCGAAACCAUUUCACUUUUAGGUUGCUUUUUAAAAGAGAACUCUCUGCCCAGCACCCCCACAAGGUUUGUAAUUAAAACUGUAAAUAGUCUUUGUAAAUUUAAUUAUAUAUAUUUUCUAUUUAAAAGAAAAAAAAAAAAAAAAAAACCAGGGGUGUGGGCGCCAGGGCUGAAGAAUGAGGUGUGUGUGUGUUGGGGGGUGUAGUUGGGGGGAGAGUUCUCUUUCUUAAGUGCCCUUCAAAACGCGCCCCUACUUUGGAGUUUUUUGGUGAUAUGGCAGGGCUGGGCCUGCUGGGAGAGGCACCCAGCCUGAGCAAUGUUUUUGUUGGCUUUGAGUCGUUAGGAGUUCGUUCCAUUCAACUAAUAUAAAGCCAAACUUGAGAGCCUCCUCUCUGACGCUGGGCCUGUGGAAGCUGUUGGAUAUUUUUGAACAGGACUUGAAUUCGUUUUGCUUCCUUCCCCCUUUUCUUUCCCUACUCAUGUGUCCUGUCUUCUUCACUUACUCUUUGGAAAAGUCCCAACUGAGAUGAAGACGUGGAAAAAAAAAUCGGGGUGGGGGGGUGCUGGUGGGGAGAGGGCGGAGAUCCGGUGAAGAAUGGCUUGGGCCCCCUGGCCCCCUGGCCCCUCCCCUGCAGGCUGGAAGAUCUUUCUCCUCUCUGGCUUCUCUUCUUUUCAAUUCGCUGCAGAAAGUGCUUCCAGUGGUCCGAAAAUGCUUUUUGAAGUGUAUUUUGAAACAGCCCCCACCAACACACACCCCACCAGGAGUACUGAUCCUGCUUCCCUGCAUGUCUAGGGGAAGCAUUCGCCUUUGAGCAGUUGUUUGCAAAUUUGGGGGGUUUGAGAUCUCCUAGCAUCUCUCCCCUUCUUUCCUUGCAGUCUGUUCACGCCCCCAGCCAAAAAUCUCCGGCAUUCAGGUUAGCAGUUUCUGGGUUGGUUUGUGUGCAUUUUUGUUGUUGUUUGGGGCUUAAUUUUUUCAAAAAGCGAUAAAGACGGGUGGGUUGGAGGGAGGGGACUGAUGGGCUGGUGGGCUUUUUAGUUUUCCUUUGACAAAAAGACUGGUUUCUUUAAAACUUCUCCAGAAAAAAAUGAAAAAAAAAAAAAAAAAGGUGGUGUCUUUGCUUUAGAAGAAGUCUCUGGACAGGCUCUUUGUGGCUAUGGGGGUGGGUUGAGUGUUUACAUAACAUUCUAUAUCACAAGAUUGAUAGAAUGUUUAAAGCAGAUGUUUCUUAUCUUCUCCUAACCCCCCACAAAUAAAGUCAAGACUUUUUUUGUGACGGAGUCUCGCUCUGUUGCCUAGGCUGGAGUACAGUGGUGUGAUCUUGGCUCACUGCAACCUCCACUGCAGCGUUUCUCCUGCCUCAGCCUCCCAAGUGGCUGGGAAUACAGGUGCACACCACCACUCUUGGCUAAUUUUUGUAUUUUUAGUAGAGACAGGGUUUCACCAUAUUGGCCAGGCUGGUCUCGAACUCCUGACCUCGUUAUCUGCCCCUCUCGGCCUCCCAAAGUGCUGGGAUUACAGGCGUGAGCCACAGUGCCUGGCCUGUCAAGACUUUUCUUAACUUCCUGAGAAGUGAUGUCUAAAAGUAUCCUUGCUGGUGUGAGAACUCCAGUUUCCAACACAUACUAUUUCUCUCAACUAUUUGGAAUAUUUUAGAAUUUUAAUUCCAAAGGAUUGGUUUGAAUACAAGUAUGCCUCAUAACUCAGUUUUCACCAUCUCCCGUUUCUUAACAGUGUAAAUUAAAAGCUAAUAAUCAUAAUAAUAAAGUGCAUUUAAUUAUC